CCCAUUCAUUUGAAUAGAAGUGGCCUGUGUCUUCUAAAUACUCUCUGAUGCGCGUUCGCCGAUCGACGUGAAGUGAGCGUGCGUGUCUCUUUAAGAAACACACUCCUGUUGCACAGAGAGCCUGGUGUUUUUCCACUCACCGUUAUUACAUGCUCUCCCCAUAUAAGACAGAAGUCGAGGGGGAGAGGGCGGAAAUAUUAGUUUCGUUGGCUUGCAGCUUCACCACAAGAAGACAAAAGAACAAGAGACAGUAUGGCACAGAAGGAAAAGUUGCAGUGUCUGAAAGAUUUCCAUAAGGACACUUUGAAGCCGUCUCCAGGUAAGAGUCCCGGCUCGCGCCCUGAAGAUGAGGCAGAGGGCAAGCCACCACAGCGGGAGAAAUGGGCCAGCAAGCUGGAUUUCGUGCUCUCUGUGGCCGGAGGUUUCGUCGGUUUAGGCAAUGUUUGGCGUUUCCCGUACCUCUGCUACAAGAAUGGCGGAGGUGCAUUUCUCAUCCCCUACUUCAUAUUUCUGUUUGGUGGAGGUUUGCCCGUUUUCUUUCUGGAGGUGGCACUCGGACAGUUCACCUCUGAGGGAGGAAUCACCUGCUGGGUGAAACUCUGCCCCAUUUUCACUGGAAUCGGCUAUGCUUCAAUCGUGAUCGUGUCGCUGCUCAACAUCUACUACAUUGUAAUCCUGGCGUGGGGUCUGUACUACCUACUGCAGUGUUUUCAGAACGAGCUGCCUUGGGCUCGCUGUAGACACAGCUGGAACACAGCGAACUGCGUCGAGGACACCGUCCGCAAGAACAAAACCCUCUGGCUCUCCGCCAACGCCACCAACUUCACCUCGCCAGUCACUGAAUUCUGGGAGCGGAACGUCCUGAGCAUCUCUUCAGGGAUCGAUGAGGUUGGCGGGCUGAAGUGGGAUCUGGCGCUCUGCCUGCUGGCUGUUUGGAUCAUCUGCUUCUUCUGCAUCUGGAAAGGAGUCAAAUCCACUGGCAAGGUGGUCUAUUUCACAGCCACGUUUCCCUUCCUCAUGCUGAUUGUGUUGCUGGUUCGUGGUGUGACUCUGCCUGGUGCCGCUGAGGGCAUCAAGUUCUACCUUUACCCUGACCUGACCCGUCUGCAUGAUCCGGAGGUGUGGAUUGAUGCAGGCACUCAGAUCUUUUUCUCUUAUGCUAUUUGUCUUGGUGCAAUGACAUCACUGGGAAGCUACAACAAAUACAAGUAUAACUGCUACAGGGACUGCAUGCUGCUUGGAUGCCUGAACAGCGGUACCAGUUUCGUGUCAGGCUUUGCCAUUUUCUCCGUGUUAGGGUUCAUGGCACAAGAGCAGGGCGUGGCCAUUGCUGAUGUGGCAGAGUCAGGUCCUGGACUGGCCUUUAUCGCAUACCCAAAGGCCGUUACAAUGAUGCCACUGCCAACGGUCUGGGCCAUACUUUUCUUCAUAAUGCUUCUGCUGCUGGGCCUAGACAGUCAGUUUGUAGAAGUGGAGGGUCAGAUCACCUCUCUGGUGGAUUUGUACCCAUCCCUCCUAAGGAAGGGAUAUCGGAGAGAAAUCUUCAUCGCUGUGAUCUGCGUCAUCAGUUAUCUGCUGGGACUCACCAUGGUCACUAAAGGUGGCAUGUACGUGUUCCAGCUGUUUGACUUUUACGCCGCCAGUGGUGUGUGUCUUCUCUGGGUUGCAUUCUUUGAAUGUGUUGCAGUAGCCUGGGUUUACGGGGCUGAUAAUUUCUAUGAUGCAAUAGAGGACAUGAUCGGCUACAGACCCAGUGGUUGGAUGAAAUGGAGCUGGAUGCUGAUCACACCGGUCCUUUGUGUGGGUUGUUUUGUCUUUUCGUUGGUGAAAUACAAGCCGCUCACCUAUAACAAAUUUUAUGAGUAUCCUGAUUGGUCGAUUGGAUUGGGUUGGGCUCUUGCACUUGCUUCAAUGAUUUGUAUCCCGAUGAUGGUUGUCAUCAGAAUCAUCCAAUCAGAUGGCUCCUUAAUAGAGCGAAUCAAAGCCGUGGCGGCACCUAUUAAAGGAGGCGCGAGCUCUCGUCCAAAAGAGAACAGUCUGAAGAACAGUGAGCUGCUGCACCCUCUGGACCCCAACGGCAUCCACGCCUUCACGAAACACACCCACACUAUCGUAGAAACUACUAUGUGAGACUCUCUAAGAGAGAUUCCCAUAUUCUCCUCCUCUCUCCUCUCCUAUCGGAGACCCCAUUUUCCCUCUCCCUUCCCCUGAAUUCCUCCCUCUUUCUGUAUGAUUCUAGAACGUUAUCAAGAAAAGAUCUUAUAUCAAUAUAUCUUUUUUGCCAGUUAGGAUUUUUAUUGUUAUUGUAAUCACUGAUAUUGUUAUGACUUGAUGUGAACUUUUCAAUCAGGGGCAGUUCUUUUAUUCUUUUGUGCACUGAUCCGUGUCACGGCGUGUCCUAACCAGGCAUGACAAUGUAAACUACAAACUAUAAAGAAUUUCUUCCAUAUUAUGUUUUUGUUUUUAUUGCGCGAGAAAACAUUUUGUUGUUCGGUUGCUGGGUAGUCCUGUCCACAGUAAAAUCUCAUUUGUCCUAAAAUUCUUCUCCACAUAGCUGCAUAUAGAGUACAACAGUCAGGUUCCGUAGGUUAAAAAUACCAUUCAUUGUCUCCAUAGGUGAAUUGAUUUUUUAUCGAGAACCUAUAAACCUUUGAAGACAGACCUACCGUGAGCUCCGAGGUUGUUAUUUAAAUAUACAUUUCUAAAUAUACAAAUGUAUGUUUAAAUCAAUAUGCUUCUGUUGAAGCCAUCAGUGCGCAUUAUUUUUACAAAAUAAAAAAAAGAUGUUUAUAGCUAAAUUCCUUGAAUAACUCAUUAUCCUAAGGGAGAAAAAGCACCAAUCAGAGAAUUACGGCUGACAAAGUGUGCUAAAAGAGCCCACCAGUGACCGGCCACUCCCAUGGCGCACUGUGAAUGACCCAAUCGAAUCGCUCUCCCUACACUCUCAAAUUACUUAAAUAUUUGUAUACUGUAUAUCUGAAUAUUUUGCAGCAUACUUCAAAUAUAUUGAUUCUAACUUAAAAUCAAUACUUUUACAUUUUUCCAUUGCUUUUUAUUUGAUUAUGUCAUCGGGAUUGUGGGACCUUCUACCUUUGCCUUUUUUUCCGAUAUUCAAAUACUUUUCUGCUUCAAAUCAAAGUCGGUAAUUUUGUGAUUCACCUCGGAGCUGGUUGGGUUGGUUCAUGUCUUAGAACUCUUUUAUGAAGAAAUUUAUGAAAUCCCUAUGGACAAAAUGAAAUUAUUUUGCGAUAACAACCGGUUUUAGUUUUGCUUAUUACAUGGCUACUAACCAAAUAAAUGGACAUGAAAUAUUGAUUUGCAUUGAAAUUAUGUUAUUAUGUGAGAAGAAAAAUAUCGCUGAACAGCUGAAUUCCAGUCUGACUGCUCAUUAUCCAGCUUAUUACAAGACUACUUGCCAAAAAACAAAAAAGGAAAUGGACAUGAAACAUUAAUAUGAGUUGAAAUUAUUAUAUUAGCUUACUUGUAGAGAUCACAGAGUGAAAGAUGACUCGCAAAGUCUGAUGUGACUUAAUCCCCGGAUGUGCGGCUGUUACUCAGACAAAUCAGACCUCUAGAUGGCGCCAUUGACCAAUCAGAAUCGAGUAUUCUAGAGAGCCGUGUAAUAACGUGAAAUAACCUCUGAUUGGCUGUGAUUUUACACAUUUUGAUUUUAGUGAGAUCUCUUUACGCUGGAGACAUUCCACGUCAUGUCUGGUUAGGAUACGGUCAGCAUCUUUUGAGCAAGAGUUCUUUUUAAGAGUUUAAGAGCUUAAUUUGUUGAAAAAUACAUACAGCAGCAGCAAACUAGAUGUGUGACAUUAUGAUGUCUGUCAGUGUUUGUGGCAGUAACCUUUGUACAAUGAGAUUCUUAAUGUUCUUUGUAUUGAAGAAAAAUGAAUGUACCUCCGCUCUGAGCGGACGCUGUGCACAGCUUACAAAUACAUACACGUAUACAGUGGGGUCCAAAAGUCUGAGACCACUAAUGAAAAUGCUUCCAUUUAGCAUUUUUCUAAUUCAUAACACUUUAUUACAAAUUCUAUUAUCAGUAUAACAAUUUUAGUUAAAAGAUACAGUAUAUAGAAAAUCAUUACAAAUUUCUUCCCAAGUCCCCCUUUUGCUGGAAUGACAACAUGCAAUCUGUGUGGCAAGAACUCCACGAUUUUGUGCAAAACCUGAUGAUCAUGUUAUCCAGUAUGAUUUGAGAAUGUUUCAAAGAGCAUCUUGUGUGCUUCAAUGGAAGCAAGGAAUCUGACCUUUUGUACAAAGGAUUUAACAUGGUCAGUGUGAAGAAUGUGCUUAUAUUUGAUUAGAAACCUUAUUUCAUAACAUUUCUUUGUAUAAAAAUGUACAAAAUCCUAAUACUUUUAGUUUAUUUCCAGGAUUAAAUGGGAUUUUAAAUGUCAGAUGUGGUCUCAGACUUUUGGACCCCACUGGACAUACAUACACUGCCGUUCAAAAGUUUGGGGUCACUUGACUGAAAUGUUUCCCAUGAUCUUAAAAAUCUUUUGAUCUGAAGGCAUAUGCUUAAAUGUUUGAAAUUAGUUUUGCAGACGAAAAUAUAAUUGUGCCACCGUAUUAAUGUAUUUCAUUAUAAAACUAAAAGUUAUAUAAAAAAAAAAAAAGUUUUUGAAAUUGAUGACUUGGACCAAAUAAUAAAGAAAAGCAGCCAAUAAGUGCCCAACAUAGAUGGGAACUCCUUCAAUACUGUUUAAAAGCAUCCCAGGGUGAUACCUCAAGAAGUUGGUUGAGAAAAUGUCAAGAGUACAUGUCUGCAAAUUCUAGGCAAAGGGUGACUACUUUGAAGAUGCUAAGAUAUAACACAGUUUUGAUUUAUUUUGGAUUUUGUUUAGUCACAACAUAAUUCCCAUAGUUCCAUUUAUGUUGUUCCAUAGUUUUGAUGACUUUACUAUUAUUCUUAAAUGUGAAAAAUAAUAAUAAUAAAGAAUGAGUAAGUGACCUUAAACUUUUGACCAGUAGUGUAAAAGCAUAAGCAAACCUUUUAUAAACUUUAUUUGUUGUUUUCAGUCUCUCCUUGAACUGUAGUGAUCGCAGCCUUUACACACACACACACACACACACACACACAUAUACGCAGAGCCAUUUGGUUUAACUUUAAUACUGUAGGCAGCUGUGUACACAUUUAAUAUAAGUAUAAUUUGAUGCUGUAUAAUAAGCAUCAUGUACUGUUACAGAUAUCUGAGAUCUGCUGAUUGCAACCACAACGCAGGGCCGUUUGGCAGCACUUUACUAAUAGCUAGAUAUGUUUAUCACAUGAGCCAGCCUAGCUAAACCACUCAACGCUGUAUCAAUCAUCAGAUUUCAGAAUAAAUGCAGGAAAUCUGGGCUUUAAAUAUUGCACAGAGACACUGCCAUCUCUGCAAGCCCUGUCUGGCCCGAGGCUCGUGGAAUUGUCUCUUGAACCGAGCCUUAAAACCUCGAAAUAUUCAAGCUAAUCACCAACAGCAAAUAACUGCCCUUCGUAAUACCUCUGUGUCCGUAAGUACCAGCCCUAAGGUUGACCCUUUUAAUCCUCUGACCUCAGUGUCUUUGUAUACGUCAACUGACCUGACCUAUGACCCCUUCUAGAUUUAACUAACCCCUCUGUUUUGUUUCCACCAAAACACCCUCUUCCCUCCAAGCUUCCUGUUCAGGGAUAUUUCACCCAAAAAUGGAAAUUCUGUUUGAUGAUGAGUUAAGUUCAUUUACUCACCAUCAUGAUGUUGUUCUGUGCAACACAAAUUGAACAGUAUGUUAGCCUCAGUCACCAUUCAGUUUCAUUGCAUCUUGGUUUCAUACAAUGAAAGUAAAUGGUGACUGAGGCUUUCCUACACUUAAAUGAUGACAGACUUCUAAUUUCUGAGCAAACUAUCCCAUUAAGCAAGUGUUUGAUCAUUUGUAAUAUUUUCAUUUAUCUAAAACUGGCCUUUUUGUAUUUCAACCAUUUUAUACUGUACCUGAUGUGAUUGGUCAUUUGUCUAUUUUUUCUGAAUGUAUUCAGAAAUGUAUAUUUAAAUGUUGAUUAGUGUGAGCCUAAAUGCAACUUGCAGUGUGCAAUAUUUGUAAACAAGUGGCUUUGUCCAUUUUUUAUUAUAAUUUCUGCUGGAAAAUAUUUUAAUAAGGUUAAAACCAGACAUUCAAGAAACAAUUUUUCAUUCACAAAUGGGUUAUUCUUUGCUGUACGAUAAGAUAACUUGAAUAAAACAAAUGAAAUCUGGUAAAAACCAAAGUAGUUUUGUGAUGAACACCAUUCAAGAUGCAUAUUGCAACUUUAGAUACGAAAUAAAAAAUGUAGAAUCUUGGA